CGACAAACAACGCCGCUCCAGUAUUCAUAGUAGCUCGCAGCAGCAAGGGCCGGUAAACGCCAUCCGAUCGUUCGCCGGUGAUAGUACCGAGUGUCUGAUACGAUCCAGCACCUCGAACCUCUGCAAACCGCUACACGGUGGUGGUGGUGGUGGUAGCAGUAGUAAGCGGAACAGCUUCGCUGAGAAGAAACGUGCGAGCACCACGAACCUUAACCGACGUCAGUCCGGAUCGGCUUCGAAUUUGCAUUCGCUCAAGCGGCACGGCUCCUCUAGCCAGUUCCUGCUACAGGAUGGUGCACCGGGAUCGGGGUACGGUAGUCGGCGGAACAGUGUCACGCAGCUUACGCCACCGUCGACAGCCAUGAAACUAUCACGAUCGGCCUCAAACGGUGGACCGAGCACAGCAGGCAACGGUCGCCAUAGCAACAACCAGCAUAACCAUCACCAUCACCAUCAUCAUCACCAACAUCAUGGCGGUGCUGGCAAUAGCCAUCAACAGCAGCCAACGAGUGGCAACAAUGGAACGCUCGGUAGUACGGGUUCCUCGUCCUCGUCGAACGGUAACACACACCACCAUCAGCCCCAUCACCAUCAGCGCCGUAGUAGUGUAGGGGCGGGAAGUAAAGCAACAGCAGCAUUGGCAGCAGCAGGCCAUGGAAUGCCCCACUUGGCACGUCAAACGUCUCUGAAUGUCAAAACGAAUCCAUUACCACAACAGCAAUAUGGUGGUGUGGCGCCCCCGGUAGCUCCAGGUAUCGGCUGGCGAUGUGAUGAUCGACGACCACACACCUCCUCCUGUGCGGACCCGGAUAGCAACUCGAAAGCUCAGCGUCCGUUCGAGUGGCCCGUCUCCGCCGGUGCUGCCCUGGCGGCGGCCACACGCAGCAGCAAACCCCUUGACGAACCGCUGCCUUCCGACCUCGAGGUGAUGGUUUCGGAUGUCGAGAAUCUUGUCAGCGAUAGAUAACAAUGCUUUUAUAACUAUUGGCCAGCGACGGACAGUCGGCACGGAUAGAAUGGCCACCGUUGGGCCAAUCCAGACACCUUCUGGACCUUGGACCUGGCUUCGCUCUCUUGCGUCACGAUCGUAUCAAUUCCAUCGACCGAUGGUGAAAUUGUGGAGUUUGAUCUUUUUUCUUCUUGCUGCUCCGCGAAUGGAGGCGCCCGGUGGUGGUCGGUCGAACGACGAAUGGAGGCGCCUGGUGUGUGGUUUUUGGGAUUCACAUUUUUUUUAACAAGUGCCAAUUAGAACAAACUGCUGUCCCCCUGCCGGUCGUACGAUCGGAAGCGAUCAUACGUCCCGCGGAAUGUGGAAAAUGUUGCUUCCUCUCGAACGUGAAUGUGUAGUAAUACUCGCGAUCACCUACUGAUGGUGUGUGUGUGUGUGUAUGUGUGUACGUGUGUGUGUGACUGGGAUCGAUCGAGCGAAGCCCGAUAGUAGAAACGAAAGGUGGUGUUUCCCUCCUUCCUUCUUCCCCUCUCACAAGCCAGGUUAACCUGUAAGAUAAACCUGUUUUAUAUGAGUUUUGAUCGCUUGGAAGUCUGCUUGGAUGACACGUGGAAGCGUCACACACACAUACACACACACACACACACACACACACACACACACACACACACACACACACACACACACACAUUCGCGAGAUCGAACUGAUCCUGGUGUGGAUGAUAAGCCGUAUGUACGACCUGUGACAUCAUAUCACUAGAAAAAGAGAAAAUGGUAGAGAGAGAGAUAGAGAGAGAGAGAGAAAGAGAGAGAGAGAGAGAGCGAAAGAGAGGGAGAGAAAGAGAUAGAAGAGACAGUGAAAUGGAUGUGUAUUUUAUGGGCAUAUAUUUUUGAAAAGAAAGAGCUCAUACGAAGGAGGCCACGAAGUAGCCAGUUUCUGCGAUUUUUACGUUUUAGAUCUACUGUUUUUUUUUACUUUGCCUAUUAUGCGUAUGUCUGUGCGCGUGUGUGUGUGAGAGAGAAAGUGCAUGUGUGUACGUGGGAUGAUUCGUGCUCCUCACUAUGAGCCGGUCACUCCAUCGAUCUGUUGCUUACCUUACCUUCUUCCUCACACAUAUCUCGUGUCUUAAACAUAACUUCAUGUUUUCGUUGCGGAUGGCGGAUCGCAAAUCGACACGCACGGAAACGGAUGCGAAAGCGAGACACACGGGUUGUAAAUGUGUUCCGCUGCCGGAUGUGCGUUGUGUAUAUAAAGCCUGGCAGGUAGUUGCAGUAUCGUGCGAUGCUGUAUUGUGUGCUAAACUCGAACGCUUUCGGUGUGAAACGGGUGGGAAAAAAAUGGCAGAAAUGUGUGAAAGCAAAUCAAGCUAACAGCAGGAAGAAACAAUAAUAUCGGAACAGUCCAUUCUCACGCAACAGCACGGUUCCGUGGAGUUAUGUAAAGAAUAUACAGCAUUAAAGUAUUCCGCAUAGGGUGUAAACGUAAUGUGAAAGCAAGAUCAAAACCACCUCGGACCACCGAGAAAUAGUAAACAGAAAGAGAAAGAGAGAGAGAACGAGCGAAGGUGCAACGAGAUGGUAGAACUAAUAGAGAGAAGGAUGAGAGGGGAAAAAACAACUAAACAUAUAAGUUAAAUGUGAUUCUAAUCUUAUAGAAACUCCUAGCGUUAAGGUAAACCAACUAACAAGCGAACAGCAGGAGCGAAUGAAAGAUGAACAGGGAGAAAAUAAUGGAAAUAAUAAAAAAAAAUGAACAAAACAUCAAACAAAAAAAAACUUCCCGAUAAUGGAGGAAAAAAACACAAAAAUACACCCAAAACCUAUCACGGCGGAAGCAAGCAAACGGACGGGUGUGGCUUGCGGUGUUGCACGAAACCCGGCAACCGUAGGUAUGUAAAAUGAAUGUAAAUUUAUAUUUAUAUUUUCCCGAAGAUGUGUAAGUUAACAUGCUGGAUGGGUGAAAGCAGGAGCCGCGCCACGCUUACACGCAGCUAACAAUAAACAAAACGGUCAAUCAGCACUACCAGCAGCCGCAGCAGCAGCAGCAACAGGAGCAGGAGAAGCAGCAAAUAAGGAAAGAUGGCGAACGAACGAAAGGAAAUGGGCGCAAAUGUUGCUUUCUUGCCCGAUCGAUGCGAAAGGAAAGGGAGCGCUUGUGUUUUUUGCACAUUUUGCUAACGACUUUAACGGUCCUUCGCUUCCGUUCACGGACGCACUCGCAAUCAUGAGCCUCUAGUCCGCCCCCCCUCCGUAUACAUACACCACCUCACGCAAAACAUGCGCAAAAUUGCACUUUUAUAAAGCGCGUUUUUCCACAGGUUACCAGCUCAAUUAUCACUGACCUGAUAGUGCACACCUCUGCACACUUAACACACACACACAUACACGCAAUGCAAUUAUUUGUUAACCCAGCACCGUAAAUUGGAAGGGCAACAGAACAGAACACUACCAACCGAAUCGGCUGUACAUUGUUAGCAAUAGAUGAGCAAACAUGCGAGAGGAUCGUGCGGAAUUCGAUGUG